AUGGUUGCGGUAGCUCUCUUAUUGCUGUUGGUCUGUUCUUCCAAUUCUGUCGAGGGCUUGUCAUCUCCAUCAGCAGCCUUACAAUCCAGAAGGGCGGCUUUGGCAUCCGUGGUAGCAGGCACUUUUUCUGCGUCGGUGGCAGCGAAUGCCGUGGAGGACGACCGUCCCAAGUUUCAACGGUAUCCCCAGCUUCGCUUCAUUGCCGCCCUCGGAGAUCCCACUGCGAGCAGUGGCACUGGCGCCGAUCAAUGGGGGCUUUGGCGGGAUGAUCCCGGUCCUCGAGGAGUCUUUCUUCGCAACUACGAAAUUCUUUCUCGCAACAACAAUCAAGCACCUGCCGGAUGGACGUUUGACACCAAUGACUGGUGGCUGGAAGAACACGGAUUGAUCAUGUCGACUCCCGGCCCGCUGCCCCGCAAGAAAAUGGACAAGGCGACCCAAACUGUGCUGCCACGAAAACGCUACGUCGUCACGGGAGAUCGACAAGUCACCACCGUACUGACCGUUUUCGAGGAUGGCAAAUGGGAACUGCAAAAGGGAACCCUCUAUGAUGUCACUCAUUUGCCCUGUCGAUCGGCGCGAUACACAUCGUCCAAUAAUAAUAACAAUGCCUGCUCCCCGACAGCCGCCAAUCAACGAGAUUUUCCAGUCAAACCAGGAGCCGAAAUGCCACCGGUGCCGGGAUGCUCCAAACAAGAUUAUGCCGUCUUGUUUGUCCUUGGGGAGGAAGUAUAA